GAUGCCCUGGUCUCUGCUAACGUGUUCUCUCUGGUUUCCCCCGCGCCCGCCCCGCAGAGCGCCGGGUUAUGGUGGCACCGGGCUGAGCGCCGGGACGCAGCGAGGCGGCAGCGGGGGCCGAGCCCGAGGCCAUGGAGGGGCCCGGCCAGGAGGCCUACGAGGAGGGGAUGAGGAGGACCCUCGACCCCGAGGGCUACGAGGACCCCGGCCUAAAGGACUCCCGCCUGUCGCUGGGGGAGAUGAGCAGGGCCGGCGGUGGCAUCGGGUCCCCCUUGCACGCGUGGAGGGCCAGAGCCGAGGAGCUGACGCCCCUGCGCCAGUAUCUGCCCGGCCGCCGGGGAUGUUAUGACCUGCAAGGGAAGAGGCGCUCGGCCGGGGCCCCCCCGGGACAGCCCCCCCGCCGUGGCGGAGGGCAGACUGAGUCGGUGACCGAUGUGGACCCGGAGGCAUCGGGGAGCAGGAGGCUCCUGUCCCAGCGGGACACCUAUGAGGGCUACGUGGAGCUCCACGAGCUGGUCAUGGACAGCUCGAAGGACUUGUGCUGGAUGGAGGCCGGCCACUGGCUCAAGCUGGAGGAGGAUUUCCAGGAAUCAGGGCAGUGGAGCCCGCCCCAUCUCUCCUUCCUGACCUACCGCAACCUCCUGGAGAUCCGACGGGCUUUGAACAAAGGUGCCAUUCUGCUCGAUGUGGCGGCCAACUCGAUGGCGGCCAUCGUCAACAUCCUCAUCGACCAGAUGAUCUACGAGGGGCAGUGGAAGCCGCAGGACCGGGAGGACAUCCUGAGGACGCUGCUCCUGCGGCACAGCCACCCCAGUGAGGGUGAAUCAGUGUGGACGCUGCCACCAGCGCUGCUGCAGCGCUCGGGCACCCGCCGGGACGACGUGGAGCAGCCACUGAUGAGGGAACAGCAGCCCAUGGAGAUGAGCAAGCUGGCAGGGACUGAGCAGAGUGGGGCCUCCAAACCCCAGCUCCCAGAGAAGAUCCCCGAGGAUGCUGAGGCCACCCUGGUCCUCGUGGGCUGUGCAGCCUUCCUGGAGCAGCCAACGCUGGCCUUCGUGCGCCUGAAGGACGCGGUGACACUGGACGGUGUCCUCGACGUGUCCCUCUCCGUCCGCUUCCUCGUCGUGGUGCUGGGCCCCGACAGCCACAACAUCAGCUACCACGAGAUCGGCCGUGCCAUCGCCACCAUGAUGUCAGAGAGGGUGUUUCGCCAGGAUGCCUACCUGGCCGAGGGCCGGCAGGACCUGGUGCGGGCGGUGGAUGAAUUCCUGGAGGCCAGCAUUGUCCUGCCUCCCACCGAGACCCCCAGCGAGCAGCUGCUCCGCGCCCUGGUCCCGCUGCAGCGCGAGCUCCUCCGCCGCCGCUACCAACCCCCCAAGAAACCGCCCAGCGAGGGCUUCCUGAAAGACCUGGGGCUGGACGCGCCGGUGCAGGAGGACGACGACCCCCUGCGCAGGACGGGGCGGCCCUUUGGGGGGCUGGUGAGGGACAUCUGCCGCCGGUACCCCAAAUACCUCAGCGACAUCAAGGACGCCCUCAGCCCCCAGUGCCUGGCCGCUGUCAUCUUCAUCUACUUCGCGGCGCUGUCACCCGCUGUCACCUUCGGAGGCUUGCUGGGUGAGAAGACCAAGGGCAUGAUGGGGGUGUCGGAGCUGCUCAUCUCCACCUGUGUGCAGUGUGUGCUCUUCAGCCUCCUCAGUGCCCAGCCCCUCCUGGUUGUUGGAUUCUCAGGACCCCUCCUUGUCUUCGAGGAAGCCUUUUACGGGUUCUGCAGCAGCAAUGGCUUGGAAUACAUCGUGGGCCGGAUCUGGAUUGGCUUCUGGAUGAUCCUGCUGGUGCUGGUGGUGGUGGCCUUCGAGGGCAGUUUCCUGGUGCGCUUCCUGUCCCGCUACACCCAGGAGAUCUUCUCCUUCCUCAUCUCCCUCAUUUUCAUCUUCGAGACCUUCUCCAAGCUGGUCACGAUUUUCAAGCAACACCCCCUGAAGCGGGAGUACAACGUGAAGGAUGACUUUGACCCCUCAGAGCCGGAGCCCAACACGGCCCUGCUGUCCCUCAUCCUCAUGGCUGGCACCUUCUUCCUGGCCUUCUUCCUGCGCAAGUUCAAGAACAGCGCCUUCCUGCCUGGCAAGGUCCGGCGCUUGAUCGGGGACUUUGGGGUGCCCAUUUCCAUCUUCAUCAUGGCCCUGGCUGACUUCUUCAUCAAGGACACGUACACGCAGAAACUGAGCGUCCCUAAAGGGCUGGAGGUCACCAACUCGUCCGCCCGGGGCUGGUUUAUCAACCCCAUGGGGCUGCGAGAAGAAUUCCCCAUCUGGAUGAUGUUCGCCUCCGUGGUGCCCGCCCUCCUGGUCUUCAUCCUCAUCUUCCUCGAGACGCAGAUCACCACCCUCAUCGUCAGCAAGCCCGAGAGGAAGCUGGUGAAGGGCAGCGGCUUCCACCUGGACCUGCUGCUGAUCGUGGCCAUGGGGGGGCUGGCGGCCCUUUUCGGGAUGCCCUGGCUCAGUGCCACCACCGUCCGCACCAUCACCCACGCCAACGCCCUCACCGUCAUGAGCAAGGCGUCCUCUCCCGGGGAGAAAUCCCAGAUCCUGGAGGUCAAGGAGCAGCGCAUCAGCAGCUUGCUGGUGGCCGUGCUCAUCGGUGUGUCCAUCCUCAUGGAGCCCAUCCUGAAGUACAUCCCGCUGGCCGUGCUCUUCGGCAUCUUCCUCUACAUGGGGGUCACCUCCCUCUUCGGCAUCCAGCUCUUCGACCGCAUCCUGCUCCUGCUGAUGCCCCCCAAGUACCACCCUGACGAGCCCUAUGUCACCAGGGUGAAGACUUGGAGGAUGCACCUCUUCACCUUCACCCAGAUCAUCGUGCUCGUGCUGCUGUGGGUGGUGAAGUCCACCCCGGCCUCGCUGGCGCUGCCCUUUGUCCUCAUCCUCACCGUGCCCCUGCGGCGCUUCCUGCUCCCCAAGAUCUUCCAUGACAUCGAGCUCAAAUGUCUGGAUGCGGAUGACGCCGUGGUGACCUUCGAGGAGCAGGAGGGAACGGAUGUGUACAACGAGGUGCAGAUGCCCAGUUAAGGGCCGGCCCCCCCGGCCCCCCAACGACCCCCCUGCACACCUGGGAAUGGAAUUAUUUUUUCAGUUGUUUUUCCCUUUUUUUUUUUUUUGCUACUUUUAAAAAACAUUUUGGAUGGUGUGAUCUCACCUCCCCCCACUCUGCUGCCCGCUGGGGAAGGGGCUGCCUGGGCUGGGGGGGGGGUUCCAUGAGCCACCCUCACCCCGUGGCAAGGUGGGAUGUGUCACCAUCCCAUCCCCAAGGGCACCACCGGGCACUGAGCAUGGGAAGGAGCUGGAGGAAGACGUCGGAGCCCGGAGGGAGGAGGAAGGCAGGGAUGGAGACACAGCAGGAUGGGGUCCCCCUCAUUACUCCCAGCCCUUGGGGACCCCCCCCAGCCUGGCCCCUCCUCCCCAGAUGAACAUUCAGCGAGCUGGGACAGACCCUUCACCCCACGGAGCCCUUCUCCCAUUUUCUCCAUCGUUUGCUCCAGUGGGAUCAUCCCAGCUGCUCCGCUGCGCUUCCAGCACCUCCCAGAGUUGGGAUGUAAAUAGUCCAGUGAGGGAGUUUAUAUAUUUAGAAUGAAAACAAUCAUGCUAAAAACAGCCAAAAAAAAAAAAAAUCACUUAUAAUUACGCUGAUGCUUCCGCACGUAGGAUUCGCUCAAGAGCCAAGCAAAAAUUCCCAAAAAAAGGAUGAAAAAGCACCUUAAAAAUGAAAAAAAAAUUGAGGAAAAAUAGAAAAAAAAAAAAAAAGCAGCUGCAAGGAGUGAUCUGUAUAUUUGAUGCUACUGGGGGGGGUUGUAAUUUAUUUUUAGGGCUGGUUGUGCCCCUGCUGCAGCGGGGCCGUGUGUGUGUGUGUGUAUAUACUAGAGAAUUAUAUCAAAAUUCAGAAUUUUCUAUAAAAGAUGAUUUUUAAGGAUCCUGGUCAGGGCCUAAACUCUAAGGACCAGUCUGUCAGUCUCACUGCAUUCAUGAAUUAGUGUUAGUUAGUUAGUUAAUUAGUCCUCUUUAUUUUUAUAGCAUUCCAGGUAAAUCCAUGUAGUUUUUCCUUGAUUUUUCCCUUGCUUGCUGACCAUGUCUUGCCCUGUUUCCGCUGGGAUUGCUCCCAGUCCAGCUGAGCAUCCCCCUGAUCCCGCCAAGGCUCAUUCUGUCCUGGUCACCCUCAAGGAUUGGAUCCAGCCAGGGCACAGAACACUGGAUCAGGCUCCAAAUUUGCUCAUUUUUGACCCCAAAAUCAGCGGGGGUGGGUGGGAGAGUAGGGGGGUGGGAGUGGGUAGCCCCACCCGGGGCCUUGUGUUUGGGGUUGGUUUAGUUUUAUUAAUUAUGUGUCUGAAAUAAAAAAAAAAUGUUUCGAUCUUUGGGGUUUCCUCCUUCCCUUCCCCCCACCUCUGUAUCAGGCUUUAAUAAAGAAAUUAAUAAAAUCAGAAAGGAAAUGGGGGUUUUCUUUCCAGUUGGGAAUUUUU